AUGUAUUCAAUCAGAAGCCUGCCCACCAUAGCUCACCGGGAGCAGCGAGAGGAAGAUGGAGUGGAAGAUAUGACACAGUUGGAGGAGAUGCAUGAAGGGGUUGUUCUGCUGAACCUGAGGAAAAGAUCUGAGAGGGAGCUUAUUUAUACAUACAUAGGUAGUAUUCUGGUGUCUGUGAACCCCUAUAAGAUGUACAACAUCUAUGGGACGGACAUGGUGCUGCUGUACAAGGGUCAUGCUCUGGGAGAGAACCCUCCGCAUUUGUUUGCCAUAGCAAACGCUGCUUAUUCCAAAAUGAUGGAUGCCAAACACAACCAGGUCAUAAUAAUCAGUGGAGAGAGCGGAUCUGGGAAAACAGAAGCCACCAAACUAGUCCUUCGCUACCUAGCAGCAAUACAUCACAAAUGCAAUCUUGCCCACCAGAUACUUGAGGCAGCUCCUCUGCUGGAAUCUUUUGGAAAUGCCAAAACUGUACGGAACGAUAAUUCCAGUCGCUUCGGGAAAUACAUUGAGAUCUUUCUGGAGGAUGGUGUGAUCAGUGGUGCCAUAACCUCUCAGUAUCUACUGGAAAAGUCCCGUAUCGUCUUUCAGGCCAAAGACGAGAGGAACUAUCAUAUCUUCUACGAGAUGCUGGCAGGUCUUCCCUCGCAGCAGAGGCAGGCUUUCUAUCUACAAGAGGCUGAGACCUACUAUUACCUCAACCAGGGGGGGGAUUGUGGGAUAACAGGAAAGAAUGACGCAGAGGACUUCCUGCGUCUGCUCGCUGCCAUGGAGAUCCUUCACUUCACCCCUGACGACCAGUCGGCCAUCUUUAGAGUUCUUUCUUCCAUUCUGCACCUGGGCAACGUCUACUUUCAGAGAUACGAGACCGAUGGCCAGGAGGUGGCGUCAGUGGUGAGCGCACAGGAGAUCAGAGUGGUGGCAGAGCUGCUGCAGAUCUCUCCAGAAGCACUACAGAAAGCCAUCACAUACAAAGUCACAGAGACAAUGAGGGACAAGAUCUACACCCCGUUGACUGUGGAAAGUGCUGUUGAUGCCAGAGAUGCUGUUGCCAAGAUCCUGUACUCGCUGCUCUUCCAUUGGUUAACAGAGAGGAUCAACGCUCAGGUGUACCCCCGCCAACACACCCUCUCCAUCUCCAUCCUGGACAUUUACGGAUUUGAGGAUCUGGCCUUCAACAGCUUCGAGCAGCUUUGCAUUAAUUAUGCAAACGAGUACCUGCAGUUCUUCUUCAACAGGAUCAUAUUCAGAGAAGAACAGGAGGAGUACAGCCGGGAACAGAUCCCCUGGCAGGACAUCCCAUUCAGUGACAACCAGCCCUGCAUUGACCUCAUUGCCGCUAAGCCUCAUGGGAUACUGAGGAUCCUGGAUGACCAGAGUUGUUUCCCACAGGCAACAGACCACACGUUCCUCCAAAAGUGUCACUAUCACCACGGCAACAACCCACUGUAUCUGAAGCCAAAGAUGCCCCUCCCAGAGUUUACCAUCAAGCACUUUGCUGGCAGGGUCACCUACCAGGUUUAUAAGUUUCUCGAUAAGAACUACGACCAGGUCCGUCAGGAUGUCCUGGACCUGUUCAUUCAGAGCAAGAACAAGAUGGUGUCAAACCUCUUCCUGGUUCACGCAGAGGUCACGGGUCAACAGAGAGGCCACAUGAGGAAGAGCAGCACAGUCACCAGAAAAUACCAAGCUCCCACCGUCAGCAACAAGUUCCAACAGUCCCUGCUGGAGCUGGUGGAGAAGAUGGAGAGGUGCAACCCUUUUUUUGUUCGCUGCAUUAAGCCAAAUAAUAUGAAGCAACCGAGUGUAUUUGAGGAUGACCUGGUCACCAGCCAGCUGAGACACUCAGGAGUCCUAGAGACCAUUAGGAUCCGUAGAGAGGGGUAUCCUGUCAGAAUGCCAUUCUACAUCUUCCUGUUCAGGUAUAAGUCCCUGGUGGGGAUACGAGAACCUCCAGCAGCAAAUGGAGAAAACUGUGUGAUAAUGCUCAGUAAACUGUGUCUUCUCAGACCAGGAUCCUACCACAUCGGAGUCACAAAGCUGUUUGUGAAGGAGGACAUCUACCAGCUGCUGGAGUGUAAACGGGAGCGCGCACGUCAACUAGCCGCUCUCACCCUGCAGCGAUACACCCGCAUGUUCUUCGUCAGGAAACGCUUUGUGGCCUUUCGCAGAAAGAUCAUCGGGCUGCAGGCACACUGCCGAGGCUUCCUCACAAGGAAGCACUAUGUGAAAAUGAGGCAGAGUCUAGUUCGGUUCCGCUCUCUCAUCCACAUGUACGUCAACCGCAAGCAAUACAUCAAGAGGAAGUUUGAAGCCCAGAGGAAAGCUGAAGAGGAGAGGAGGAGGAGGGACAUGGAGUUGACCAAGAGAGAGGUGGUGAACGUCACACACUUGGUGAUUCCUGCUGAGCUGGGCGCGUUACUGCAGACAGCAGGAGGUCUGAGGGAGUUGCACUCAGACUGUUUGGCUCUGCUUCAAGCUCCUCACAUCCAGGAAGAAGCUCAACUCACUCUGCCUCUGGACAUCAACAACUACCCGUUCUACCGCUAUGUGCAGAUCUACUUUAUGGAACCAAAGUUUGGGAUGUUGACGGCGCCUCUGGAGUCUCCGCUGACCCGUGUAGAGCAGGACCUGAGAGGAGAAGCUCUGCAGCUCUUCAUCAUGGUAUUACGAUUCAUGGGGGACCCUCACCUGAACGGAGCCCAGGAAAACAUGUUUGGGAAUUACAUCAUCCAAAGGAUCCUGUCAUCUCCAGGGUUACAGGACGAGAUCCUGGCGCAGGUCGUCAACCAGGUGUGGAGGAACGUAAACUCUGAGAACGCUGAAAGAGGCUGGCUGCUGCUGCUGGCGUGUGUGUGCAGCUUCGCCCCGUCGCCCAAGAUGGACAAAUAUCUACUGAAGUUUGUAUCUGACCACGCUCCUGCAGGUUGCCAGGCGUUGCUGCAACACAGACUCAUCCAAGCCAAUCAGAAGACACAGCUAGGAUCAGGCUCCACCCCUGAGACUGCACGGACCUAUCCGCUGUCGCUGCUGGAGUGGACGGCCAAUAGGAAGAAGGCGAACAUGGUGUUGCAUGUGCACUGCUUUGACGGAGGAUCGUUCCUGUGUCCCGUGCAUUCCUGGACCAGUGGAGAGGAUUUAGCAGGGAACAUACUGCGGCACAGGGGAGUGUCAGACUGGUGGAAGGGGUGUUCUGUUCUGAUGAAGGAGCACGGCCAGUGGGUGGAGUUAGCGGGUCACGACUACGUGAUGGACCUGAUUUCAGAUCUGGAGCUUUCACCCGACUUCCCAAAGCAGAAGAGCUACUUCAUCAUCAGCACUGACGACCCAGCCAGAGUCCGAGCUAACGCCAGCCUUGCUUUGUUUGGCAGUGGCUUUGAUUCAGAUGAGGAGCUUCCUCCUGCCUUUCCUCUCCGUAACAGCAGACCAGCCUACAGUCUGCCUGACUCUGACGGUUACUACAGCCACGUAGAGUCAGAUGCGUUCAGUGACGGUCAGACUCAGAGAGGAAUGGACCGCUACCUGGACAGUCUGUUUGACCCUGUGCUGUCAGACAGCAGCAUAGACUCCACAAAGACUGGAAGUUUGUCAGCCAGGAUGAAGGGAGGAGGAGGUAUAGGCAUCACAAGAGGAGGAAGAGGAGAGGGGGAGAGUCAGACAACCCCCAGCCGGCCUUAUCCACCAGGAAUACAUCCCGGAGCUGUGCCAGUGCUUCCAGUAGCAGGAGGAAUGAUGCCACCCAUCCCUGCUAUGCCAAUCCCAUCCCACCACCAUCACCACGAACAAACUUCUUCUACUCUCACUCCUGCCACAAGUGUAGCACCCACCCCGUCACCCACUCAUGCACGCGCCGCUGCCCCCCCUGCUGAUAGAGCUAAUGUAGCAUCCUACGCCACUGGCGUCCCCGGUCUGCCGGGAAUGCCCUCGUUCCCUACCACGCCUGUGGUUCCAGGCUUUCCUGUGACGAUAGGUGUGCCAGUGAACUGUGUGUGCUUCUACUGUUCUACAACAAAAUCAUCUUUACUAAAUGGUGUCUAUGUUUAUGCUUCUCUAGGAUCAGAGCAGACAGUACUGACUCAACAGCAGCAGGCCAUCAUCAACCAGCAAGCUAUCAUUCUGGCCCAGCAGAUGACCAUGCAGGCCAUUGCGAUCCAGCAGCAGAUGUUGUCCGUCUUCCCCCCCGUUGCCCCGGCGCCCCAGUCACCGCCCUCACAGCAUUACACACACUUACCACAACACACAACCAGCCCUACCACAGAGAGUGAAGAGUCGCCGUACAAGUCUGCCGCUGUUCAGAGAAAAAUUAGUCCGACACGUGGCCCCCCUCCUGAGGACAUGGUCCAAUCCGGUCCGAGUAACAUGGAGCGCAUUGAUCCCAGCCACAACAUCAAAGACAUCAUCAAACACCACCAACCUGCUGACACAACAACUUCUACUGGACCUGCCACACAAAGGAAAGGUGAUGGAAAGAUGUUUGCGAGGAAGCCAGACCCCCAUGAUGAAGCUAUGGAGAUCCUUAAAGAUCAGAUGGCAAACCCACCACAACCGAAGCCUCAACCCUCCCUGCGUAAAGAAGAGGGAGGAGUGAAGGUUUCCAAGAUGACCAAGUCUCGCCCUGCAGGGCCUAGUAGAUCCAACAUAAGCCCCGCCCCUCCUCCAGUCUCUAGAGAGUUGCCAGUCGAGGAGGAGAUCAUUCAGACUCAACUCCACAGUAGGACCAGUGAGGAAUAUUACACGUACUCCAACGUCCCCUGGAAACUCUACAUGAGGAAAGAGGUAUUCUAUCCUAAAGAGACAUUCAACAGUCCACUGAUCCUGGACCUGAUCUUCAGACAGGUUGUAUAUGACACCUUCUCUGAGGCCUGCAUCCGUAUCACCCAGGAGGAGAGACAGAAGAUGAAAGCUUUAUUUGCUGAGAACAAGGUGGAUCAGGUGUCAGGAAUGCACGAUGAGAGCGUGAAGAAGAAAGUGGUCGCCAUGGCCAGAGACUUGUGGGAGAUUUACUUCUCCCGCCUCUUCCCAGCCUCUGGCAGUGUGGGGACAGGAGUGCAGGUGCUGUCUGUGUCUGAUAAAGGCAUCAAGCUUCUGAAGAUGGUGAAGAACAGCUCUGCUGCUCCAGACUACUUCAGAGUGCUGAGGCCUUACAGCUACUCGGACAUCCUGUUUGUGUCGAUUCCAUCCAAGAACAUGCUGGAGUUCAACCUGAGCAACGAGAAGCUCAUCCUGUUCUCGGCCAAGGCGCCGCAGGUCAAACACAUGAUCGACUACUUCCUCACAGAGCUCAAGAAGGACUCGGAGUACAUGGUGGCGGUGAGGAACUACAUUACCGAGGACAGGACACUGCUCAGCUUCCACAAAGGCGACAUCAUCAGAGUGCAGCAGAUGGAUGGGCUGGAAGCCGGCAAACAUUACGGCUGCAUAGUGAGGAAGAAGGUCAUGCUUCUGGAGGAGCUAAAGAGGGACACUCCUGAGUUUGGCUGGCGGUUCGGGGCUGUGUACGGGAAAUUGGGAGUUUUUCCCAGUGACUACGUCCGUCCUGUGGCUGCUCCGGACUUCCUGGUUCUCCCCGCUGAGCGCGUAGAGCCUCGAGACAGACAGGGACGAGUUGCUGCAUCUGCUGCUAUUGCCGUGGCGAUGGGCUCAGCAGUCGCUGCCCAUGAGCUUGACCUUUCCACAGAGGUAGUAAAUGAGAUGUAUGGGGACAGUCUGAGUGUCGAACUGGACAAUGUGCCUCUGCACGGCGGCCAGUACCACAUGGCUGACUUUGCCAAGAAGUACUUCAGAGAGGCUCAGAGGUACAAAAGUGAUCAGAAAGCCAAAAAGGGGAAGGAGGGCAGGGACCCUGUGGACAUGGUAAAAUUCUCCAAGUCCCCGAUCCAGGAGUCUCUGAUCGACUUCUCAGACAGUGGGAUGAACAGAGUGGCUGCUGACAUCUUUUUAGCCAUAAUGAAGUUCAUGGGAGACUUCCCACUGAAAGGUCAGACUGAACAGGACCUGGUCACCUCUGUACUGAAGUUAAGUGGCGAUCAUGGCCUGAUAAAGGAUGAAGUUUACUGCCAGGUGAUGAAGCAAGUAACGGCGAACACCAGCUCCAAACCGGACAGUUGUCAGAGAGGAUGGAGGCUGUUGUACAUCCUGACAGCUUUCUAUCGCUGCUCUGACGUCAUGAAGCCAUUUCUGUUGAAGUUCCUGCAGGACGCUUGCGAAAGCCCCGGGAUGCAGUACCAAGGUAUUGCCAAGGCAUGUGAGCAGAAUCUGAGGAGGACCUUUCAAUAUGGCGGACGUAUACAGUAUCCCAACAGCAUGGAACUCAAAGCUAUGCUGGCGGGGCGGAGCUCCAAGAGACAGCUGUUCCUGCUGCCGGGUGGGAUCGAAAGACACUUGAAAAUCAAGACGUGCUCUGUUGCUUUGGAUGUCAUCGAGGAGCUUUGCUAUGAGAUGGGACUCCACAGGGUUGAGGCUUUGGAUGAAUAUGCCAUCUUCUUGGUCACACACAAAGGUCAGAAUGUGCGUCCCCUGAACAAGCGAGAGUACAUCUUGGACAUCGCUACAGAGGCAGAGCCAGUGGACACCAACUACAGUCUGUGGUUCAGGAGAGUCAUAUGGAGUCUGGCUCUCAAACUUGACAACGAACUCUAUGUCACAAUGCACUAUAAUCAGGUGUUGCCAGACUACCUGAAGGCCUUGCUGAGUGUGGUUCCUCAGGCUAAGGCCAGUGACCAGCAUCUGCAGCAGAUCGCCAGACUGGCUGCCCUCCAGCACCGUGCCAAGGACACCGUCUACCUGCCCACCAUGCGUGACGUGCAGGAGUGCGUCCCCCCACAGUUCUACAGCAAACAGGGUUCACAGCAUUGGCUGAAUAUGGCAACUCAACACAUGCAGCAGGUCCAGCCCUUAAACCCAAACCAGGCUCGUGCACAGUUCCUUGGUCUGGUCAGUGCAUUCCCCAUGUUCGGCUCCUCCUUCUUCUACAUCCAGAGCUGUAGCUCCGCCUCCAUCCACGCCCCGUGCAUCCUGGCCGUAAAUCUGAAUGGACUGCACUUUCUUAACAAGGAUACUCACGAAGCCAUGGUGCGUUUCCCUCUGAAGGAGGUCCAGUCAACUCGCACUCAGAGACCAACUUCAGGCUCCAGUUAUCCAUAUGUGGAGAUCAUGAUAGGAGACCUGCUCAACCAGCGCAUCACACAGCUACAGCUGGAGCAGGGCCUGGAGCUGUGCCGAGUCAUCGCCAUGCACAUGGAGAACAUGUUGUCAGUCAGAGAAAAGAGACUCACUUUGCCACCAAGUGAAAUCACCCUGCUAUAACACACACACACACACACACACACACACACACACACACACACACACACACACACACACUUUAUGCCUCACAAAUGUACUGUAUCUACCUCUAUUUCAGAAGUAGAAUAUUUUGAUAUGUAAAAGUAAUGUUUCUGUCAUGUGACGAAUGUACGGCGAUGAUGUUUCAACCAAAGAUUAUCUUCUUCAUUAAUCGUUUGGUCUAUAUAAUGUCAGAGAAAAGCAAAACAGCAAAAUUAUAAUUUCCCACAGCCAAAGUUGUCACGUUCUAAUGGCUUGUUUUAUUUACUUUUCACAUUUCAGAAGCUGGAAAGUGGAUUUUCUGGCAUUUUGCUUAAAUAAAGAUUUAAACGAUUACACCCACAGCAUUAGCAUAAAGUAGGAAAGGCCUAUAUAGUUAUCUUUCCAGUGGGUCAGUAGGCUACAGACCUGUACCUUGCACAUACUUACACAUACCACUGAGUAAGGAAACUGAGAGCCAGACUUAAAUUUCAGACCGAACUCAUAAAUGUUUUUGGUUGGACUUUUCUAGCCAAAACUGUUUAAGGUCUUGUAUGCCAUGACUGCUUUAGAGUAUAAUGAAUAAGGCGUCUUUAAUUAACUUCCCCACUUCGGAGCAAUUGUAUGAUUUGAUUAUCAUUGAUCCCAGGGCAACAUUCAAUUGAACAGUGGUCUUGCACUGAAAAUGGAGGAACCCCUGCUGGUUGGCUCUCUACAAAGAAACUGAAAUGUGUGAAUCUGAAACGAAUAACUAGCAAACUUAAGUAAAACCUUAUCUUGCCUUCAACAUUAAUAGAUGCUUGUGGUUUGGCAUGAUGCAUCAGGUUUUCAUUAGGCUUGGUCACACGUGUAACAGUAGUCUACAUAAAUGAUUUGUGACCCUAUAAGAUAUUCUAAUUUAUUUUUAUAAAGAUGCAAUUAAGAUGAAAACAAGAGAAAGCUGCCACAGGAACAGGCCACAAAUGAAAAAAUCCCUGUCAUUAAAUCAAGGGAAAGACACGACAGAGGAAACAUAUUUGGAAAAAGCCCAUUUUGGCACACAGUUAAAGGCCACAUCACUGAACUCUUUGCACUUAUUAAAAUGAUAAUUUAUACAGUGUAUACAUGUUUUUGUAAAUAGCUGUUGUACAUAACUAAUGUAUGUGAAUAAUGUUGUACAUUAAAG